AUAGCGUUGUGCGGGUAAACAAUUAUAUUUAAAGAUGGCGGCGCCCUGUGUGUUAGUUGCCAGUUGUUGUUCAUUGGAGACUUCGCAUAUUAUAAAGCAAAUUCUCGGAACAGAAGAGCUGCCUCCUGCGUCGCCCAUUAUAGAAGACAUCGUGGGAUACCCGUGGUCCAUAGAAAACAAAUACUACACCGCACAGGUUGAGAUCUGCAGCACACCAUCAAAGACAAUUGGCGAUGCUGAAUUUGCUGAAAGACUUGAAGCUGUUAUCAUCUUGUGUGAUGACAAGACCAGCAGUUUUGAAUCAGUCAAGCAAUGGAUGCCAUUCAUAGAACAGUUAUCCCCGUCAACUCAGAUAUUGGCUUGUCAACAAUUUACUCGGAAUGGAGAGGUAUCAAGACACAUGGCUCAGCUGUGGUGCCUGGAUAACUCCUUUGAGUUAGUGGAGCUGGAACGAGCUGAAGAUGAAGACGAAGAGGACGAAGAUGAAUAUGACAUUACUGGAGUCAAGCGCAUCAUCUCUGCCCUACAUGCUCACACAUGGUCCAAUCUGGAGUUGAAAGAAAGCAGAGGAAUUUUUGGUCGUCUACAAUCUGAAAUGCUAAACGCAAGCAAACAGCAUUCGGAUGAAGAAUCCACACACAGCAGUGCUGUGAACUCAUCACCUGAGCCAAACACCCAUACACAACUCAGGACAGACACAGAGCCAUCUGCAGUAACAGUUACAACUGACACGGACAGUACCUCACCUGAGAGCAGUGGCCUACCUGCUAAUGGUGCAGUACAUUGUCAUACUGCUGGAGAGAAGACCAACCAGCCACCUGGCAGCACAACUGGUGCAGAGUCUAGUUCAGAAGGCAGGGAACAAAGUGGAAAUGAUAGUGCUUCCUCUGGAAAAGGAGCAGCCUCAAUGCAAGACAGAAUAGACAACUUGUUGAACGAUGACAUGGCGGUGUUCAGAGCUUUGGGGAAUGAGGACCCAGGAGAAGAGUCCUUUGAAGAAUUAUUUGCACGGAUGGCUGCCAUGAAAGAGAGGGCGGCAGGUUUGUCUGGUGAGGAGCGCAAGAAAUAUGCUGAGAAGGUUGCCAUUUCUUUCUGGAAGGCUUUAGGAGGGGACGACGAUGAAAUAGACGGAUUGGAUUCUGAUUAGCGUGGGCGCAGAGAAAACCUGGCUUGUCUAGUUUGCACACACUAAGUGUGAGCCUUUGUGAGCAUAAUACUUCACGUUGACUCAAUGGGAAAAGAGUUCGACUCUUGUGCAUACAGUGGUCCGAAUUACCUAUCUUAGGCAUGGACAUCUGUGGAAAAAUAUUGAAAUUUGUAUGAUGAACCUUUUAAAUAUUGCUGAUUUCAUAGACUUAAUUCUUAAUACUUGAAGUGAUCUGCUUAAAGGUCAAUUGUGUACAUGGGAUAAAAUUUAUUUCCGGAAUGUGAAGUAGCUGGUGGCUACAAAAAACCCUAAAAUUUCUAGUAAGACAAAUUACACAGUUCAAAACGUAUCUCAUGAUGACUAUAUUUUCUGUGAUUUUUUUAAUGCAGCGGAAGGGUUAUCCUAUAUUCACUGAUUUAUAAAGAGCAAAUUUCAAACAGUUCUAUUCAAAUUCACUGUACAGUGAAGAUAUUAAUCUGUAACGUCCUCUAGCAGAAGGCAAAGAAAGGCUCUUUAGGCAGCGUCAAACAGCCCACAUCAUCUGUUCACAGAGCACAGCCAGGGAUCAUGUAAAUUUUUGCACAUGAAGGGAAAUUGUAAAAACCAGGGGAAAAAAACCCUUGUAGCACAGGAGAGAAUCAACAAACAACUCUUAUCACAUAUGGCCCGGGCCAAGAAUCAAAUCCCAGGACAGCAAGUGAUGAGAAGCGAGUGCUUUGUGCCACUUUUACCGCUCAAA